AUAUAUACCCUCUUUGGGAGAAAACAAGAAAGACAUGUCAUACCAAUAAACAACCACAAAAUGAAGCCUCUUUCCUCUUUCUUCCUUCUUCUGUCCAUAUUUCUCUCCUUAUUUUUCCUACUAUUCCAUGGCUCACAAGGCCAGAAUUUAAUACAAAAUACUUGCAAAACAUGUUCAAAAGAUGAUCCAAAUAUAAAGUAUGAUUUUUGCACUUCAUCUUUACAAGCUGCUCCAGCCAGUCAAUGUGCUACUCUUCGUGGACUCGGGAUGAUUUCGAUUAGGUUAAUUCGAUACAACGUUACUGAUACAAGGUGUCAUAUUAAGAUUUUAAUGAAGGACAAGAAGUUGGAUCCUUAUGUAAGAAUGUGUUUGAGUGAUUGUUUUGAACUUUAUUCAGAUGCUAUCCCGUCUAUCAAGCUUGCUAUGAAGAGUUAUAACGCGAAGAAAUAUUAUGAUGCUAAUAUACAAAUAAGUUCAAUUAUGGAUGCUGCUACGACAUGUGAAGAUGGAUUUAAGGAGAAAGAUGGUGUUGUGUCACCAUUAACAAAGAGAAAUGAAAUCACUUUUCAGUUGUCUGCACUGGCACUUUCUGUUAUGAAUUUUAUUAAGAAUAAUGGGUCAACUGGUUGAUAUUUUAUAUUCAAGAAUUCUUUAUUUUGAAUGUUAAUAUUCAUCUAUGUUAGAUUUUCCUUCAUAAGGUAGCUUCUCUAUCUUUCUUCUC